AUAUACCUCGGUUGCCAAACACUUGUUACACCCUCUCUUGCGUAUCGUUAAACGUGACGUCUAUGACAACACUGAAGGAUGUACCCAUACUCGGGGAAUGGGGUGUUUGGGAUUCCCAAUGUCACAAUGUUCUCUUUGUGAUCAAUAAGCUCUCGCGCCUAUUUAUAUUUCAACGCUGGGGGAAACCCACGGCUUGUGACGUGUUACAGCUUUCGCUGCAGUGCAGUUAAACAACAAACCUGAUUCGUGUUCAGAUGUACACAAGGUGAGUUUAGUAGGAUUGAGGAAUAACAUGGCAGGAUUGGAUCAACGACAAAGAAGCAGAGACAAUAUUAAGAGAAUGGAUACGCCUAUUGGAUGGUCAGAGAACGUUUGUCCAGAGAGAAGACUGGUCGUCUUGGGACGGACAGGGUCUGGAAAGAGCACUACUUGCAACAACAUCCUAGGUCGGGACGAAUUUAAGUCCGACACAUGUGGUCAAAGUGUCACCAACAAAUGUCAAAGAGCCAUCUGUCAGAGGUUUGGACGAAACGUUGAGAUCAUUGACACUCCAGGACUGUUUGAUACGGGCAUGUCCAAUGCCGACAUCACCAGAGAGGUGGUGAAAUGUAUUGGGAUGACUGCGCCUGGACCACAUGCCUUUGUUAUGGUUGUCAGGAUCGAUCGAUUUACGAAAGAGGAACAAGACACAGUGGAACACUUCAAGAACGUCUUUGGAAAAGGAAUGAUGAAGUACCUCAUGAUUCUAUUUACCCGAAAGGAUGACCUGGAUUAUUGCGGGAAAACUAUUGAGAAAUAUCUUGAAAACGUACCACAAAUGCUACGAGAUCUUCUGAAGUCCUGUGGAAAUAGAUAUAUUGCUUUUAAUAACAGGGCAUCUCCAGAGGAGAGGAAUGAGACAGUUCAAAGGUUUCUGGACAUGGUGGACAGGAUCCACUCUAACAAUUCUGGCGAGGUCUACACAAGUGACAUGUACAAGGAAGCUGAGAAGGUUAUGCUGAAGAGGGAGGAACAACUCAGACAGGAACAUGAGGCUGAAGUAAAUAAGGAGAAGAGAAAGAUUGAAGAAGAAUAUCAGACCAAGAUGACAGCAAUGGAAGAGGCCCAAACGGAGAAGAUCGCUCAACUUGUACAACAGUUAAGCAUUAAAGAACAGCAGAAGGAGCAACAGCUGGAAAUGGAGAAACUGAAACUGGAAAUUGAGAAACAGAGACUGCAUAUGGAAAGCGAUCUUCAAAAGGAACGACAGCGUCUGGAACUGGAAGCUGAACGGAGGAAGAUGUUAUGUGAGGCUAAUCCUCCAAAUUAUAGAGAAACGGCUAAAAAAGAAGUCAGCAAUGAAGAAGUGAUGGUGAUGAAUCUCAUCAAGGGUGUUGUGAAGCUGGUCGGACCCCAAUUACUUGUAAUAGCUUUGGAUAAGAUGGGCGAACACUUUGCCAGUAAGCUGUCAAUUGCCCCUGCGACAAAUGAAUGUGAUAAAGCUGAAUCAUCUGUUGAUGAGGAACAGGUUACAGAUAAAACCAACAGGAAGGAGGAAGCCAAAUAGUUGAACAUCAGUCAUGCAUUGUAUGGAUAUAUUUUUUUAUAUGAAUAUACUGGCUUCACUUUGUGUAAAAUGUUUCAAACGCAUAAUAUCCAGUUCCGCCUAUUUCUUCAAUCGUCCACUGAUUACAAACCUGUGUUAGCUCGAUCAUAUCAUGUUUAAUAUUCCCCAAAAAUAUAUCUUCAAAUAUGCGUGUGUGUUUUUAUUAUAUUACAUCUUCUAUCACAGUAAAUCGGUUGUAUAUUUGUCCGUUCUAGUAUGCGCAAAGCUCAUAUAUCUUUUAUGAAGGAUGAAUUAACAUUUGGCGCUUCAGUGUAUUUGUGUAAAACUAACAUUGUAUUAGGGUUUUGUGUCUGUGAAAUCACACUUCUUAAAUAAAACGGUUCUUUUCCAAAAGUC